AUGGGAGGAAAAGUUGAUGCUUCUGUCAACCAAACAAAGGGGCCACGAACAUUCAAAUUAUCUGGACAAAACUAUCAUCAAAUUGGUAGUUUGUUGCCUCCUGAAGGAUCCACUCCCAAGUUUGCCCAAUUAUAUAUAUACGACACAGAAAAUGAAGUUCAGAAUAGACUUCAUGCAUUGGGUCGUGGUGAUAGAAUAAACGAACUUCAUGCUGAAAUUGUUCAAGAUCUUAAACAAAUGCUUGAUGACCAUAAUGUUUUGACAAAAUCAUUUAGAAUGGUCAGAGACAAAUUUCAUGAACAUAGUCAAUCCAAUGUUAGACUCAGAUUGAUCGGAAAAAGGAACUAUGAUGGAAGAAGAUACAACUUACCUACUGUUUCAGAGGUUGCUGCAUUGGUAGUAGGAGAUUUUGAUGUAUCUAGAUGUGACCGAGACAUCAUCGUUGAAACACAAUCUGGACAUUUACAAAGGAUAAAUGGGUUGAAUGCUGCCUAUUUAGUCCUACAGUAUCCUUUGUUAUUUCCAUUUGGUGAAGAUGGUUAUAGGGAAGACAUUCCUUUAAAUGGAAAUGAUGAAUCAAGUGGAGGAAGGAAUUUUGUUAGCAUUCGUGAAUAUUUAGCAUACAAAAUACAAGAAAGAAAUGGUGAAUUACCAACAAUUCUUAACUCUAGACGAUUAUUUCAACAAUUCUUAGUCGAUGGUUUUACAAUGGUUGAAUCUUCAAGGUUGAAAUUUUUUAGAACCCAUCAAAAACAAUUACGAGCCCAUAUGUAUAAAGGAUUAGAAGAAGCAGUUUUACAAGGGGAGAUAAAUCCUUCUUCUCAAGUGAUAUAUACUGUAGAAUUCCAAAAGCGUGGAUUGCCUCAUGCACACAUACUGCUCUUUCUUCAUAAUAAAUAUCCAAAUGUUGGAGAUAUAGAUCAAAUAAUUUCAGCUGAAAUACCUGAUAAAUCGGUUGAUCCGCAUUAUUAUAUGGCCGUGAAGAAUUUCAUGAUGCAUGGCCCGUGUGGUUCUGCUAAAAAAUCAUCUCCUUGCAUGCGUAAUGGUAGAUGUACAAAACACUUCCCAAAGAAGUUUGUACAAAAUACCACAAUUGAUGAAGAUGGAUAUCUUGUAUAUCAAAGAAAGGAUGAUAACAGAACUAUUACAAAAGAAGGAAUUGAAUUGGAUAACAGGUAUGUGGUGCCACACAAUAGAUAUUUAUUGUUGAAGUAUGGGGCACAUAUAAAUGUUGAAUGGUGCAAUCAAUCUCGGUCAAUCAAGUACUUAUUUAAGUACGUUAAUAAGGGAAAUGAUCGUGUGACAGCAGCUUUUUCUCAAAGUGUGCAUGAGGAAGACUCACAAGCUAUUGAUGAAAUUAAAAUGUAUUAUGAUUGUCGGUACAUAUCACCGUGUGAAGCUGCAUGGAGAAUUUUUAAAUUUCCUAUUCAGCAUAGAGAACCUUCGGUAGAGAGACUUUCCUUUCAUCUACCAAAUGAACAAACAGUUAUUUUCUCUGAUGAUGAUCCAAUUGAUGAAGUUACCAAUAGACCAAGUGUAAAGGAGUCAAAGUUUUUAAGCUGGUUUGAGGCAAAUAAUACUUAUGAUGAAGCAAGAGAAUUAACUUAUGCAGAAUUUCCUCUUAAGUUUGUGUGGAAUGUAAAACUCAAAAAGUGGGAAAAACGAAGAAAUUCUGCAUUUUCAAUUGGGAGAAUAUUAUUUGUACCCCCUGGAAGUGGAGAGCAAUAUUACCUUAGAAUGUUGUUGAAUGUCAUAAAGGGACCUAAGAGUUAUGCUGAUUUACGAAAAAUCAAUAAUCAACAGCAUUUAACUUUUAGAGAUGCAUGUUAUGCACUUGGUUUAUUAGAUGAUGAUAAAGAGUAUAUAGAUGCGAUAAAGUGUCACGACCCCAAAUCCCGGUCGUGA